CAUUGACGGCUGCUUUAUUGAUUGAACCGGUACAAUAAUAGCGCUUGUAUGAUAAAGACUCCCCAGCCGAGACAGUGUACCAGUGUCUGAGAGGGGGAGAGUAUCAUCUAUUAUUGGGUCUCUGGAUUACGUUGAUGAUAGGCGGUAUCGAUGCCCCGAGGCAAGCAGAUAUGGGUUUAAAGCGACGAAGAUACCUACACCUACCGACAGUCUGAUUGCGAGGACAGCAUGAAACACAUCUGUGCGGUUAUACUACUACUAACGACUGCCGUCUACGGACAGCGUCGGUUUUCGGAUGACUUUAAAUUUGGCGUUGGAACAUCGUCGUACCAGAUCGAAGGCGCUUGGAACGAGGAUGGCAAGGGUGAAUCGAUCUGGGAUCGCUUAACACACGAACGGCCGGAAAAGAUCCUCGAUCGAAGCAAUGGAGAUAUUGCUGCCGAUAGUUACCACUUGUGGAAGCGUGAUGUCGAGAUGGUAAAGGAACUCGGUGUAGAUAUUUACCGGUUUUCGAUCGCAUGGACCCGCAUCAUGCCGACCGGUAUUAGCAACGAGAUAAAUGAACACGGCAUCGCCUACUAUAACAAGCUGAUCGAUGAGCUGCUGAGCAAUGGAAUUACACCGAUGGUCACGCUGUACCAUUGGGAUUUGCCACAGCGUUUGCAAGAGAUGGGCGGCUGGACAAACGAGCUGAUCGUGGAUCAUUUUGUCGAGUAUGCGCGGGUGCUGUUUGAACGGUAUGGCGAUCGUGUUAAAAUAUGGACCACCUUCAACGAACCGUCGCAGACGUGUGAAAAUUCGUACGCAAACGAUGCGAUGUCCCCGGGAUACAAUUUCCCCGGAAUUCCAGCGUACCACUGUGCACACAACCUGCUGAAAUCACACGCCGAAGCGGUCCAUCUGUACUGGAACGUGUUUAAACCAACGCAACAGGGUUCAAUUGGUAUUACGCUGGAUUCGAGCUGGGCUGAACCGGCAACCGAUGCGGAGGAAGACGUUAGGGCAGCUGAGCGUUCGUUGCGGUUCAAUCUUGGUUGGUUCGCUAACCCGAUAUUUUCUGAAGCCGGCGACUAUCCGCAGGAGAUGCGUGAAACAAUUGCCAAUCUAAGCGCUGCACAGGGCUUCCCCAUGUCUCGGCUUCCCACUUUUACACCGGAAGAGAUCGUCCGCAUCCGUGGUACGUCGGAAUAUUUCGGACUCAACACGUACGGUAGCUCCAUGGUGAAGGCUAACGAUGGUCCAUAUGAUCCGGCCGGUACACCAUCGCACUGGCACGACACGAACGUGGUCGGUUUCAAUGAUCCAAGCUGGCAACAGGCAGCAUCUCCCUGGCUGAAUAUUGUACCGUGGGGUAUGCGAAAGUUGCUCAACUGGAUCACAAAGGAGUAUAACAAUCCACCGAUCUGGAUCACGGAGAAUGGUGUUAGUGACUUCGGUGGGACUAAGGAUGAUAUGAGAAUCGAUUACCUCAACACCUAUCUCGAUGCCGUACUGGAUGCGAUCGAUGAUGGAUCUGAUGUGCGGGGAUAUAUUGCGUGGUCCUUAAUGGAUAACUACGAAUGGCGUGCUGGAUAUGUGGAGAAGUUCGGCUUCUACUACGUUGAUUUUGAAAGCCCGGAGCGCACAAGAUAUCCGAAAGCAUCGUCUAAGGUACUGACGAACAUUGUCAAAACGCGCCAGAUCGAUUACGAUUAUCGUCCAGAGCCGGAUGUUUUCAUUCCACCACCAUCGCAAGGAAAGCAGUAAGGAAGGUGUUUGUUUGCAAAGGAAUGGAUUUUUGUGAGUAAAUUAAUUGACGAAUAAAAUGAUUUUAGAAGGAAUGUACGCACCGCUCAGAAGCAUAAAGGCCACGAUUAUAUGAUGAUUUUCUUACCAAAUUGCUCAUAUAAAUUGAGUAAAAUAUUGAGAACGACGCUAAAAAAACAACUGUUUUUGGGAAAGCAGUUAGGAGAACUCCAGACGAAAGACAAUGAAUUUUUCAAUGAAAUUAACAAUCGUAAAGUUACAAUCUUAUGAACCGCAACAUUUUACUUAAACUGUUUUAGCAAGAUAUAUUGUACACGGAAUAUCAAACUGUCCAGUUUUGUGCUAGAUAUUUCUUUUUACAGCUCAUUAU